AUGAAUGACCAGCCAAGCAGUCGGCAAGUUCUUGUCACUUUGGCUUUGGUUGCUAGCGCUGCUGCCGCUCCUGGUUAUUUGGGUGGUUUGGGAGGCUAUGGCGGUGGUCAUGGUCUAUUAGGUGGUCAUGCAAUUGCUGCCCCUGCCAUUUCAUAUGCUGCACCAGCUAAAAUUGCCGCUCCAGCCAUUUCAUAUGCCGCUCCAGCUCUUGCUCAUGGUCCUGCAAUCUCUUAUGCCGCUCCUGCCAUCACCAAAAUUGCUGCCGCUCCCGCCAUCUCGUAUGCUGCACCUGUUGCCAAAAUUGGUUAUGCUGCUCCCGCUUUGGGUCUGGGUCAUGGUUUGGGAUAUGGCGGUUUGGGUUACGGUCAUGGCUUGGGCUAUGGUCACGGUUUGGGUUUGGGUUAUGGUCAUGGUUGGUAA